UGCAAAACUAUUGGGUUUCGUUUUCUGGGUGGUCUCUAAAAGUCUAAAAGAGGAAUAGUUCCCAAAAUCAAGCCGCAGUAACAGAAAGAACGAGAGAGGUUCCUGCCAAAUGAUUUCUGAAAUCCUUGACCAACCAUGUGAUACUUUUUACGCUUUUAAUUAGGAAGGUAACCUCUCCAAUGUUCUGCAAUCACAUGAUGCAUGUAUGGAAUUGUGGUUAGACUUUCGGCCAGUAACUAAUAAAACUGUUCACGCAUGCUGUUAAACUAAAAUUCUGAUGAGCCUCAAGCUAUUGCAUUUGAGGCUCAUGUGACUCAGCUUUAUACGCAUCCGUGACUUUGUAGCUACGGACAAAUCAUAUUUCCUACAAAAUCAAAUGCCCCCGCCAUUAAUUACGGUAUCCAAAGUUCUUAAUUCAUGCAGUCUUAAAAAGACUUUUGGGAUUUUAUUCUCCCUUUUUACAAGAAAAAAAAUUAAAAAAAAGACUAUUAACUCGAAUUAUGAACAUGGCGAGCAAAGAAUAAUAAUUUAUGUUUCUGUGUCUGUGUCAAGGCUUCCAAGUUUCCCAUAUCUUGGUUUGGAUAACUUUGAAUGUCGUCCGCUGAAGAGAACAUAUCAUCCAAAUUUACGCAGUUGAUCCCGUGAGCUGCAUGAAUCUUUCUUGUCUCUCUCUCUCUCUCUCAACGCCUAACGAACUCCUAACUUCCCGCUUAUUUUUUUGUCUAUAAAUAACUCUACUACCAGGGCACAUUCUCCACACCACCAGUAUUCUCAAAACCCUCGAAUCUACUUGGAAAGCAAAAAUUAAUUAGAUGGUUGCUGCUAUAUUUUCAUUAACAAUGCAGAUUCUUUGUUUAACUCUUUUCUCCCUUAGCUUACUUUGUACUGCUUUCACUUCUCGAGAUUACUCUGAUGCUCUUGAAAAGUCCAUUCUCUUCUUCGAGGGACAGCGGUCUGGCAGACUACCGCCUAACCAGCGCCUGAAAUGGAGGGGAAACUCCGGUCUGUCUGAUGGUGCUUCCUAUCAUGUGGACCUCGUGGGUGGCUAUUAUGAUGCUGGAGAUAAUGUCAAGUUUGGCCUCCCAAUGGCCUUCACAACAACAAUGUUGGCAUGGAGUGUCAUUGAAUUUGGCAACUCGAUGCAGAACCAGAUUGAAAAUGCAAAGGCUGCCAUCCGCUGGGGUACAGAUUAUCUUCUAAAAGCAGCUACUGCCACCCCUGGCACCUUAUAUGUUCAAGUGGGUGAUCCGAACAUGGAUCACAAGUGCUGGGAGAGGCCAGAAGAUAUGGAUACCCCACGCAAUGUAUACAAAGUGUCUACUCAAAAUCCUGGAUCUGAUGUAGCAGCCGAGACAGCUGCUGCAUUGGCUGCAGCUUCAAUAGUGUUCAAAGACUCUGACCCUUCCUAUUCUGCCAAACUGCUUCAAACCGCCAAGAAGGUCUUCGAUUUUGCAGACAGAUACCGAGGUUCUUACAGUGAUUCUCUAAACUCGGCGGUCUGCCCAUUUUACUGCUCUUACUCUGGAUACCAGGAUGAGCUUCUCUGGGGUGCAUCAUGGAUCCAUCGAGCCUCACAGGAAAACUCGUACCUAUUAUAUAUCCAAUCCAAUGGCCACACGAUGGGAUCGGAUAAUGAUGACUACUCCUUCAGUUGGGAUGAUAAGAGAGCUGGAACAAAAGUCGUUCUGUCCAAGGACUUCUUGGAGAAAAACGCAGCAGAAUUUCAAUUAUACAAAUCACAUUCAGACAACUACAUAUGCUCCUUAAUUCCAGGAACAUCUGGAUUCCAGGCCCAAUAUACACCAGGUCAGGGACUUCUCUACAAAGCAAGUGAGAGCAAUCUGCAAUAUGUAACUACCACAUCUUUUCUCCUCUUGACAUACGCCAAGUAUCUUAGCGCAAAUGGUGGAGUUGCCACAUGUGGGACUUCAACUGUAAAAGCAGAGAGCCUCAUAGCACAGGCAAAGAAGCAGGUGGACUACAUUUUAGGUGAUAAUCCUGCCAAAAUGUCUUACAUGGUCGGAUUCGGACAGAGAUAUCCACAACAUAUCCACCAUAGGGGUUCAUCCAUUCCAUCCAUUCAGGCACAUCCUGACCGCAUCACCUGCAACAAUGGUUUUCAAUAUCUGAACUCUGGUUCACCCAAUCCGAAUGUCCUGGUGGGAGCCGUAAUAGGUGGUCCUGAUAGUAAAGACAACUUUGCAGAUGAUCGUAACAAUUAUCAGCAAUCUGAGCCAGCCACAUAUAUUAAUGCACCAUUUGUCGGUGCUCUUGCUUUUUUCUCGGGGAAAGCCACUGCAAACUAAAAUCAUGGUGUUAUUGAACAGUGAAUAUGAAAGAAGAGAAGCUAACGUAGUACAAAGAAACGCUUCCGUUUCCAUAUUCAAGCUGUGAAAGAAUAUUAGUAACGAGUGUUGAAACUAUGCUUUCCAUUGUACCAGAGUCAAUUAUGUCAUGCAAACAUCGUAACUUAAACUCCUGGCAUUGCACCAUUGCACCAUUGGACCCGCGCUUACAAUAGCAAAUUAGCAAUACAUUUGAAUGUGCUUUGACCUAUCUAAUUUAAAACUUUAGGUAUGGGUUUUUGAACAAAAUAUGCCCUGGAAUCUCGGAUUGAAAAUAGUCCAAUGAACUUGGUCAAUUCAAGGCCAAAUAAUUACCCGCUCUUCACGUAACUCACCAACAGUUUUUCUAGGUGUGACGUUGUCAAGUAGGUUAUAAGACCCAUACUUUGAAGGUUCCAAUUAAGUAUUUGAAAGAGACUCCACCAUCUUUUUCUUUCUUC